AUGGCGACUCGCUGGCGGGCCGUCUGCCGUCGAGUGGCAACGNUCGUCACGGAGGCGAUGUUGGAUGUCCCGAAUGUGACCUUCAUUGACCCACUGUUUUUACAACCGCGGCUGAACAAGUUCAGGAAGCACGUGAUCCACCUGUCGCCCACGGUGGAGCAGGAGCUGUUCGUGCUUGCGCAGUACCUCGGGAACACGAGUGAUGCCUCUGCUGCCNAAGUUCAGGAAGCACGUGAUCUACCUGUCGCCCACGGUGGAGCAGGAGCUGUUCGUGCUUGCGCAGUACCUCGGGAACACGAGUGA